AUGUCCGUGUCAACUGUUCAAAACAAAGUCGUCAUCGUGACCGGCUGCAGCUCGGGCAUUGGCCUCGCGACCGCGCGACUCUUCCUCGAUCGCCAAGCCUUAGUCUUCGGCAUUGACGUCGGCUCAAUACCACAGAAGCUGGCCGACGAGCACAACGACAAAUUUACUUUCUAUCAAGCAAAUCUCACGGCAUCGAAUGCAGUUGACGAAGCAGUCUCGAGCUGUAAUCAGCAGUAUGGCAGGGUAGAUGUCUUGGUUAAUUGCGCGGGUGUAAGCGACGGGUGGAGCAGUGCUGACACGCUGCAUGAAGAGGAGUGGGAAAAAGUCCUGUCUAUCAAUCUCACGGUUCCGAUACGCUUAAUGAAGGCUGUGCUGCCAUUCAUGAAAGAGCAAAAGAGUGGGGCGAUUGUCAAUGUGGCGAGCAAGGCGGGUAUGAGUGGUGCGAGUGCGGGCAUUGCUUACACCGCAAGUAAGCAUGGACUGGUCGGUGCUACGAAGAAUGUUGCAUGGCGCUUUCAUCAAGAAGGCAUUCGCUGCAAUGCGGUGCUACCUGGCGGUGUUGCUACCAACAUUGCAUCCUCGGUGCAGAUGGAGCACUUUGACUCUGCGGGAUUCAAUACGUUCUUCCCGACCGUUCAGAUGCAUGUCGGCAAGGACAGCGAAGGAACUCCUGUGCCGGUGAUUGGAGUUGAUGAUGUUGCGCGAGGCAUUGCCUUUUUGGCGUCUGACGAGGCCAAGAUGAUCAACGGCGCCAUGGUCCCGAUUGACAAUGCAUGGUCGACGAUAUAG